AUGGCGACGACGGGCACCAGCUACUACAGCGGCGGCGGCUCAGGCGGCGGCGGUUGGGGCUCUGGCGGUUGGGGCUCAGGUGGCUGGGGCGGAGGAGGAGGUCGCGACGACAAGUCGUACUGGGAGCCAUGGAAAGACGACGAGCCGGACGAGGAUCCGGAUGAUGAGCCGGAGUAUGACCUGAGGUACUGUCAGUUCUGCAAAUCGUAUGGGUACAUCCGCAAAGACGGCUGUGUCAACAAAAAGUGCAGCUUGGCUAGCACCAGAGCCCUUAACCCUGAAAACGAGCAAGGCGACUACUAUAUCUACAACCCCAACCGGUCGGAGCCGUGGAACCCCUACAAGCAGAAGGGAGGCAAGCCGGACUACACCCCGAAGGAGUUCGAUGAUAUCCACGGUGCCAAUGGAUUAAAGGAGGGUCUCCUAUACAGGAGGCUCUCCUAUGUAAAGACCAAGGCUGCUGGCUGCCCCAAGGGCAAAUGGUGGGGUGAGACGGAAGCGGAGAAACGUCCACGAGAGGGUCCUGUUGCCGCUGGGCCGCAAUACUCUGCUGCCGUCGAUCCGGAGAAACGUCGCCGCCAAGCAGAGGCAGCAGAGGCUCGGAGCCAGGCGGCGGCACCAGCUUCGCCAACGGGGCCCGUCGCCCCUGCAGCUGGAAACGAUCAAGGAGAGCCACAUGCGGGCGACAACCAGGAGAAGGAGAAGGGGGAGAAGGGCGGCGACCCGGCGGACAAGUUCUGCUGUGGCUGUGGCGGCUAUGAUCUGAGCUCCUUGGCUGCAAAGGUUGCUUGGCGACCGUGCUCUUCCGUGGCGCUUGGAAAAAUGCGACCGUCUGCGGUGCCGUGUGGUACUGACGAGGAAGAGGUUCCCAGGCGAACCAAGUCGGCCGCAGGGGAACCUGUCAAGACGGAGCCCUUGUCGCCCCAGAAGCCGAAGGAAACUUUGGGGAUGGCCAAGGCAGAGGUGGCAGGCUUGCUCACAAGCCUCAAGUACCAAAUCAAGGCUAAGAAAAUGACGGAGAAGCAUCGCGAACAAGCGAACGAUAUCUUGCUGAAGUACCAACAGUCUGGCGUCCAUGGAAAAAAAGAAAUAUUGCAGAAAUUGCAAACGAGCGGGCUUCGUGACCUCAGCUGGUUCGCCGAGAUGCAAAGCGAAUACCAAACGCAAAGCGUGGACAAGGAGAGCACCACGAAGGGCUACUUCAACAGGAGCCAGAUCCUCAAGAUGAACGGCCUGGACCCGAGCAACAUGGACGAGGCUGUGGCUGCUGACACGCUCAAGGACUUGAUCGCCGACUGUGAGGCAGAGUUUGGUUUCAAGUCCGACUGCAAGCCUCACAAGAACCCCUUGCUGGCCAAGUACUACUACAAGCAGAAGGUCGAAACGGAGGACACAGCUGCCACGAACUCGCUGGGCUGGAGCAGUUGCGCCAACGUGGAAGGAAGCGACCUCGGCAGGCUCGUCGAGAAGUUCGACAACCCGGACCUGGAGGUGCCCGCCAACGAAGAGGCUUGGAACAAGGCCUACAGUGCUUGCAAGGCCGCCAAGAGCAAGCUGGGGAAGGUGGCGGACGAGCUCGAGGAGCAGCACGCCAAGCUGGUUGCUCACGGUCCCCAAGCGGAGGCGGACGAAGUUGGGCCCAAGAUCGAGACCCUCCGAGGCUUCUUGAAGACUUUGCGCUUCAAGAUCAGCGAGUGGAUGAACAUGAGCGAGGGAUGCAUGGAAGCGAAGUUGCCGGAGCUCACCCAGCUGAGUGAGGAAGCCACCAGCCACCUGGCUGCAGCCACGGCCUACAACAAGAAGUUGAAGAGCCGCUUCGGUGUCUAA